AUGGCGCCGAAAACCAACUGCAAUUCCGUGAAGCUCAACAGUUGUCUGUCCUAUUUGCAGAGGACGCGAGUGGCACAUACCAUCAAAGAUCUCGAGAAGCAACUCCCAUCCGUGGCCUCUAUCAAUGGCAUGCAAGUGAAAGACUAUCUCCAAACACUGCAAGACGAGAACAAGAUCUGCGUCGAGAAGAUCGGGUCCGGAAAUUGGUACUGGUCUUUUCCAUCGCAGGACCAGAUCGUGAAACAGAAGAUUCUGGGAGAAGUCCAAUCCGGCCACGACAAAGCCUUCACCAUCGUCCAAGAUCUGAAGCAGACUUUCGCCGACAAAGCGGCUCAACGCGAGGAAGAGGAAGAAAUGGUCGACACCGGUGGUGAAUCUCGUGAGGAGGUCAUGAAGGAGAAGAGCGAGCUGGAGGCCGAGCUGAAGCAGCUGCAGAAGGAGCUGGCGGCAUACAGGGACAGCGACCCCACUGAACUUGAGCGGAAGCAAAAAGAGACGAAGGAACUCUUCGCCAACAUCGAACAGUACACUGACGAGAUCUACUCCUUGGAGGCGUGGUUCAGGACGAUGGGUGGAGAAGAUGCGGUCAAGGGCCUGCAGCAGGCAAUCUAUGGCGAUGAGUACGAUGAGGAAGAAGGUGGGCUGCGCGAGAUGGUCGCAUGA